AUGGAUUUCCGAAACUGCGUGUCGAGCGACGACUAUAUGUUCGAAAUAAAAAACAAUGAGCAGCUCUUCGAUGGGAGCAGAAUGGUGAGCAAUAUCAAACCGCUAUGGAGCUUCAAAGGACACGAUAACUCCAUUGAGGGGAUCCAUCUCGUGGGGGAAAAGGAGUUUGCAACGAUUUCGCACGACUGUCUGGUCUCCGUGUGGUCAUGGGAGGGUGAAAAAAAAAGCGGAACGAACGUAGUUGACGUAAAAAGUGCGACGAACAUGAAGAACAUUAAGCUGGAUAACCCGAUCCUAUGUUCCAGCUAUCAUGAGAGGAAGGGGUACUUGUGUGCCGGAAUGACAAACAGAGAUGACAACAUAUCCAUAAUCGACAUGGGCGAAAAGAAGGUUAAAGAAAUAGUAGAUAGCCAGUGUAAUUCUAUUUUUUGCAUAAACUAUUUUGAUGAAAAUAAAAUGACAUAUGGAAGCAAGGAAGGAUCCAUUUGUUUAACAGAUUUGAAUAAAAAAAAAAAUGUAUACAGAUAUGAAGAGAUAGGAGAUUGCCUAAAUUACUGCACUUGUAAUGAGGAAUAUAAGGUACACAUUUUUAGUUCCUACAAGGGGAACAUGCUAUUUUUUGAUUUCAGACAAGCAUUGCCUAUUCAUAAAAAUAGCGAUUUACACUCCAAAUAUUCGAUCAAUACGGUUUUCUCAGAUGGGAGUUGCUUAUACUCAGGAGCAUCAGAUUGUUUAAUAAAAAAAUUUGACUUACGUUUUCUUGAUGAGAAGAAGCCGCUGGAAAUAUACGUUGGGCAUACUUCACCUAUUCGUUUUUUAUCUUUCUCGAGAAAGUAUGAUAAUCUCUUCUGCUCUUCAUCAGAUAAUGGAAGUAUAAAACUCUGGCAGACUGAGAAGAAUGUGGAUGGAAUGAACAGAUCAGGUAUGUCUAUAGCUUGCCCAGUUUCUACUCCUGGGGAGGGUGCAAGUUGUUCCUUUCUCCCCCCGCUUCCUGGAGACUUAACCACCAAAACGGCUACAGAAAGGAACAAAAAUGGAGGAAAGAAUUUCCUACAGUUGAAUAAAAAAACGGUCAGAAGUAACCGAUCCAGUUCUAUCGUAUCUCAGUGCAACUAUAGAAAAUCACCUGACUUGUUUAGAAAAGAAAAUAGCAAUAAGAAUUAUGAAAAAUUGGGGAAGGUGGAACGGACUAGCAUGCUUGACACGUAUAGGAAAAGGACGUUGACUCCAAAUGUGCAGAGCAUCCAUGACAAGAGAGUCCAAGUCAUGUCCAGGAACGAGUUAUUUAACAUUAUAAAGAGGAAGAGUGUCAAUAGUAGGAAGGAGAUCGCGCCUAAUUUUGGGAGUAAAAUUUAUUUAGGGAACGCCAGGGAGGGAACUACUCAGGGAGAAGUCAAAGGCGCGAGGACCUCCACCAAGUUAAAACUAUCACUAACAUCCCAGCAUUGUGCAAACACCUCUAAGCAUAGUACCAGUUGUAAGAACUUCAAGGGGAAAAACAGAAUUAGCAUAAGCGUAUCCAAUGACUCCACCAAGGGAGGGGGCAACCAAGUGGGGUUGAAACCCAACCAGUUUGACAUACCCUUCCUACUUUUUAAUGAAAGCGAAUUAGCCAGCUCUCAGGCCAAGAAAAUUAAAAUAAGGCACUCCACUCUGUCGAUGUUGAACCAUAGGAGCCGCGUUUCCGCGAUGGUGUGGGUGGGUGACUUGGUUUUGUCUACUUCGUGGGACCAGACGGUGAAGUGUUGGGACGUUCGUGGGCACGCCCAGGAGUAG